AUGUCCAGUGAACAAGCAUACUACAACAAAGGCUACAAAAAAUCCAUUUCUGAUACUCACGCCAUCAGAACUGUGGACAACUCCGUCAAGUUCAUCACAUCCGUACUUCAACCAGACUUCCAUGUUUUAGACGUGGGCAGUGGACCAGGAUCCAUUACUAUUGAUUUGGCAAAAAACUACCUCACUUCAGGUGGAUCUGUUAUUGGAGUUGAACCUACCAAGGAGAUAAUUGAAACUGCAAACAACUUAAAAAAAGCAACAGAGCCUCAAUUGGACAAUGUCAAAUUUCAAGAAGGAUCAAUUUACAAUUUGCCAUUCAAAGACAAUACAUUUGAUUUAGUCUAUGCACAUCAAGUUAUAGUUCAUUUGCAAGAUCCAAUUAAGGCUUUGAAGGAAUUGGCUCGUGUCACCAAGCCUGGGAGAUUUGUUGCUGUGAAGGAUGGAGAUUUGGAAUCGUUUAUCAUGGAUCCGCCAAAGUAUGAAAAGCUCAAGGAUUUCCAUCUCAAAAGUGCUUUGAACCGGGGCUCGACUGAUGUGAGAGCUGGUCGCAAGUUGUUUAGAAGAGCAGUUGAAGCUGGGUAUGACCCAAGCAACAUCACCACCACUGCGUCCAAUAUGUUGUUUAAAGGGAACGACAAGACCAAGCAAGUUUGGGGCGAGUUACUCAUCAAGAGAGUUGAAAAUGGAGGUGAGACCUUUGUAGCAAAUGAUGAGAAAAAGGACGAGGAAGCCAAGCAAGAGGUGAUCAAGCUUUUAAAAGAGUGGAAGAACGACGAAACUUCACUCUGGAGUGCAGUCAAUUUUGAAAUCAUCUACAAGAAACCAGAGUAA